CGUAUUCCAGCCAUCAUCGCAACGUGCAAAACGUGCGCCGACGACGUUUUCUCACCGGCGGCGUGUCUCUUGUGCAACGUGUGGUAUUUUAAAUUUUUACUUCUCUCAAGUUUCGCUUCCAGAGAAUUGGCUUGAUUUGAAUUUUGUUUUAAUUUUUAUAUUUAACUGCUUCCCGAGUGUCGCCAGCUGCGUAAUAUUUGUUUAUUUAUUUAAUUUAGGCUCUAAAUGUGAGUGUAGUUGAUUUUAAAAUAAGAAAACGCGAUUAAAUUUAAACUAAGCGGUGCGUGUGAGACGCACAACUUCAAAUUGAAUUUACACACGUGCGCGUAAAAAGAUGGACGCAAAGAUGGAGUCUGCCUCCUCCUCGUCCUCUGCGGCGUUGUAUAUGAAUUUCAUGAUGAAAUUGCCGGCCAUGCCGGACGUUACACAGCUGGAUAUCUUGCGUUCGCUGAUUGCGCAAACCACCGACGACAAUCGCCAGUUUUCCGACGUGUCGUCCAACAAUCAGGCGAAUGAAAAUGAGGUGACUAUCGAGGAGAUUCAGGAGAGUCACGCAGCCACCUCGGAUGGUUCCGUACACGAGAAUUACGGAAUCCCGGAAACGGCCCCAGGCGCACAUCUGCGCUGCACGUUGACACGUAUGGCGUCGUCGCCGGCACAGCCGACCAAUGCCGCCACGCUUGUCUCGUCGCUGCUGGGCAACCUCUCGCAGCAGCAUCGGCGCCUUGAGCGCACGCAGUCGGCGCCGGCGCCAGCGUCCGCCUUGCCGGCGAGCGCCGCCUCCGCUGUCAACACCUCCCGCUACAAGACGGAGUUGUGCCGGCCAUACGAAGAGUUUGGCGUGUGCAAGUACGGCGACAAGUGUCAGUUCGCGCACGGCAUGAAUGAGCUGCGCAAUCUCGCUCGCCACCCCAAGUACAAGACGGAGCUGUGCCGCACCUAUCACACGGUCGGCUUCUGCCCGUAUGGCCCGCGCUGCCACUUUGUACACAACCAGGAGGAGGUGAUGCAGCAGAAUACGCGCGCGCCGAGUGCCGCCUCGAUGAUGGCGAGCUCGCGCGCCACCCCCAUGCAAAUGUCACGAGGCGGCGCACGACCUGCUGCCCUCUCGCCGGCGCUCUCCAUCGACUCGGCGUCGGCGUCCAGCCCGCCGUGCAGCCUCAGCCAGUCGCCCACCUCUUCGAUGGGCUCGUUCUUUAGCAGCGAGCCGGAGCUUCACUCGCCCGGCAUCGAGGAGCAGCGUCUGCCCGUUUUCAAUAUGUUGGCGGGCCCCGGCCCCCAGCUGCUCACGCACGCCGAUCUCUUGUAGUGCCCUCUGCGCGCGCUCCUCGUUAUUUAUAUUAUGUUAUUUGCGAAAUCGCCGAGACGCAUCACGCGUUAAUCAAGACAUAAGUUUUUAAAACCUUUACCAGCAACCGGGCUGCUUAGAUCAGCGAUCAGGAAGGAGGAAAUCUGCGUUAAAAAUUGAAACCAACACGAACUUAAACAAUCGAAAAACCACUCAAGACAAUUUACUGAUUAUUUAAUUUUGCAAGUCCGCAGUGUUUAUUUAUGUUAUAUAUUACUAUUCUGCUCACGUGCAGAGUGAUUUUCAUAAUGUGUGAUUUUUAAUAUAUUAUUAUUAUUAGUAAUUGAAUAUUAUAUCAUAAUAUAUUAUAUAUUAUUAUAAAAAUCUAUUUACGAAAAGAGACAGACAAGAAAAAUGCUGCAAUCGGCGAUACACUAUGCGGAGAGCGAGCAUUCAACAAGAAGUUACUAAUAGAUGUUUAGUUUUCGCCAACUUCCAAUUUUGAUUUUUAACUCUUAGGGCUCACGUAAGGACGCAACGCCAACAUUAUUUCUAUAUAUCUAUAACGAACGAACAUUUCUUGCUGUUUGCUGAAUGUAACUGAAAAGAAACCAAGAAAUUGUACAUAUCAUUCGGUGAUAAUAACGCAAACGCAAAUUGAUGAAUGUUGAAACGUAACGUAGUAUGCGAUGAAUGUGCAAGUUAGGUUUAAUUAUUUAAGGCGUGUCUCAUCGGUCCGCAGUGGCAAUGUCUCGAUAUUCGUUUCGUUUGGUUUUACAAUAUGGUGAAAACUUGAAAUAUGCAAUCAUGUAGUAUGUGUAUCAACUGAUUGAGGAACGAUCCGGUCAGGCCGAUCUUUCUUUCGUUGAUUGUUCGUAAUGUAUCAUAGAGAAACACAUUCCGCGCUCGCGUUUUGCAUUCAUGUUUUAUUUAAUUUAAUUUAUUCGCUUUUCUCGCUUCUCUUACUUUUUUACGCACAUAAACACAUACACACACACGCUGGCGCGCAGUUGUGUUUGCUCGCACAGCCGGCCCAUUGUGGGGGACGCUUUCGAAACAAACACAUGCGCGCGCCCAGACAGCACUUUUGUACGUUUAAUAUAUUUAUUAUUAUUUAUUUGCUUCUAUUCUGCAUACUCUGCGAGACGACGACGACGACACAGAACAGCAUUUUAUUAAUUGUUCAAGAGAGACGCAUUUUACCGAUAUGUUUAUACGUUGUGUACUACCACUAGAGAGCAAAACUCGGCGAAACCUUAAGUUAUUAUUAAUCGUGUAAUUAUUUAAUUUAAUUUUGGCGGAACAUGUUGAGUUUUUCGGUCCGUGAUGUGCCUUCUUCUAUUGAUUGAGUUAACGAAUGAUAACGUUGGCCCCCCGCCGUCCUCACGAAUGUCUUUUUAAGCGCUGUGUGGAGGUGACCGAUGAGGGAUGAUGUGGAUGAUGAUGGUAAUGACGGGCGAAGAAUGCGAUUUUAAUUUUGUUUAUCUCUUACUUUCCCUAUUUGCAAUUAAUUUAAAAACGAUGCAAACGUGCAAGGUUUCUCUUUUGUUAGUUAAAUCAUUAUUUAAUUUUUUUUGUGUUUUUGUGCUUACUUUUUUACUACACUCAGAAAUGUUUCCCGCAAACAAGUGAAAAUAUAAAUAUGGAAGAGAGAAACACGCAGCGUGUUUAUGUUAUGUAGUUAUUAUUAUUUUUUAUUUGUAAUAUUUAUAUUAUUUGUAACUUAUUAUUUAUAUUAAUAUUUACUACGAUUUACUAUACUACUGCAAUAUUAUCUCUGUAGGUGACCAAAUGUGCGCAGCACAUAUUUGAAUAAAGAGCGAAAAUCUUAA